GUUUCCGGUUGGUGGGGACACGUCACUUUUCCAAUUGAGGAAGAAGCCAAAUAGUGACAAUUUUAUAUUUUUGGUUUUGUAGACCAUAAGCAUGUCGAAUUCAGUCCUAUCGGUUAUCUCCCGGUUUCUGGAGGAGUACACCACCACGACCCCCAACAGACUAAAGGUGGUGGAUGCAUACUUGCUGUACAUCUUGCUAACCGGAGCCCUGCAGUUUCUCUACUGUCUGCUGGUCGGCACCUUCCCAUUCAAUAGUUUUCUCUCCGGAUUCAUCUCUUGCGUGGGCUCCUUUAUUCUGGCAGUGUGUCUCAGGAUCCAGAUCAAUCCACAAAACAAAGGGGAUUUCUUGUCUGUAUCCCCGGAGAGGGCUUUUGCUGAUUUUCUCUUCGCUCACACAGUUCUUCAUCUGGUUGUGAUGAACUUCAUUGGUUAAAGCUGACACUUUUCCAACUUACAAG